CGUGUUUUUCAUAUAAUAUUGAAUAAGUUAAUAAGUAAAUUAAGUCUUUUUCAUGUCAAAGUUUUAUCGUUAUAUAUAUAUUUAUAAAUCUAUUAUAUCAUUCUAAACUUAUUACUAGUUAAAAUAAAAAUACAUUUUUAUAAAUUACUUAGUACAAAAGUAUUUGGUUUUCCACGUCUCAGAAAUUUUGUUUUAUUUAAUGAUAUUUACCUGUAUUUGUUGAUAUUUUUUGUGAUCAUCACACGAACUUAGGAAUAAAAGCUUAAAAUUGAGUUAUAAUGGUAAAGCACUUAUGCCCAUUUGAAAAUUGUUCAUUGAGCUUUAGCCGUCCAUAUCGUCUACGUAUUCAUAUUCAACGCCACAGAGGAAUUAAAGAAUUUGGAUGUCCUAUGUGUGAUCGUGGUUACCAUAGACAACAACAUUUACAAAGACAUAUAGUUGAAGCUCAUCAAAACCAGCCUCGUUUAGAAGAAGCAUUACCUUGUGAUCAUUGUGAUCGUCUAUUCAAUACUAAAUGGGGUUUACAACGACAUCAAGCAAGAAUAAAAAACCCUAUAGAACGCAUAAGAAGACAUUGUUGUAAAGUUUGUGGAAAAAAAUUUUUUACAAAUCAUGAUCUUGAUAGACAUUCUCUUCGGCAUGACCGAUUUAAAUGUGAUAUGCCCGACUGUCCAUUAUCUCAUAGAGAGUUCAAUUGGUUGUUAUAUUCUAAACAUAUGGAAAAGUAUCAUUGCGAGCCUUAUUCAUGUGAACACUGCAAUGAACAAUUUCUUCACAAGUCUCAAAUAAGAAUACAUGUUACAAAACAUAUGCCUUGUUUCCCUUGUACUGAACCAGGCUGCAAUAAAACUUUUGCAUUGAAUAAAAAUCUCCUUGAUCAUAUUAAAGUUGGACAUGGAGAACGUAUUUAUAAAUGUGAUGUAGUUGGAUGUGAUUGGGAUUUUAAGUAUAAAAUAUGUUAUAAAAGACAUAUUAAAUUACAUGAAACAAAUGGAAAAAUUGUUCCUAUGGUAAACAGAAAAAAUAAUUUACCAAAAAAAAAAUCUAAACCUUGUAUGGCAGAAAAACUAGCAUCUUUAGCAUUAAAGUACGAGAUAAAAAAAAUGUAAAAAUAAAUUGAUAACUUUACAUGUACUCUACAGCAAUAUUAAUUUUUAAAUAUUUU